UCUCCCCCGUUGCCUGAGAAGUGGAGGCGCCCGGCCUUGGCAGUCAGCGCGGGUGGGCGGAACCAUUCUCCCUCGCGGGGGGGAGAGAAGGAAAGCGAGAGGGAGAGAAGCCCUGAGGAGGAAGAGUGGUGGGCGGGGCCUCCUUGAUCAUAUUCCCCCCUCGUUGCCUGAGAAGUGGAGGCGCCCGGCCUUGGCAGUCAGCGCGGGUGGGCGGAACCAUUCUCCCUCGCGGGGGGGGGGAAGGGAGGCGGAGACUCCUCUGAAAGGAGGGGAGGAGCGGCCUGCUUGCCUGUGGUCCUCCUCCUUGUUCUUGUCCCGGGAAGAUGAGCGACGGAGACAAGAACCCGGCCAGCGUGGCCACGCCGGCGGAGGACCUGCAAGGGGACGGGCGGUGGAUGUCCCUGCACCACCGCUUCCUCGCGGACAGCAAGGACAAGGAGCCCGAGGUGGUCUUCGUGGGGGACUCGCUGGUCCAGCUGCUCCACCAGUGCGAGGUGUGGCGCGAGCUCUUCUCCCCUUUGCACGCGCUCAACUUCGGGAUCGGGGGCGACGCCACGCAGCACGUCCUCUGGCGCCUCCAGGCCGGGGAGCUCCAGCACAUUCGCCCCAAGAUCGUGGUGGUCUGGGUGGGCACCAACAACCAUGGCCACACAGCGGAGCAGGUGGCCGGAGGCAUUGAAGCCAUUGUGCGCCUGGUGCGCCAGCAGCAGCCUCAGGCCAAGGUGGUGGUCCUGGGCCUGCUUCCACGGGGCAAGAACCCCAACCCUUUGAGGGAGAAGAACCGGCGGGUGAACGAGCUACUGAGCCAGAAGGUGCCGCUCCUGCCGGGGGCCUUCUUCCUGGACGCCGACCCGGGCUUCGUGCAUUCGGACGGGACCAUCAGCCACCACGACAUGUACGACUACCUGCACCUGACGCGCCUCGGCUACGGGCGCCUCUGCCCCGGCCUCCACCGCCUCCUGCGGAGCCUCCUCCUGGGGCGGGAGGGGCACGACCCCUGACCUCUUGACCCCAAGCGCCCCCCUCCAGCCAGUACCCUCCCCCCCCACCCCGUUGUCAAAGGGGUUCAAGAAGGUGAAAGGGACCAGCUACUCUUAUGAUCUAAUAAAGCCAGUAUGUGAACCUGUG